GCAUGGGGCCACCACACCCAGACUUCAAACUUUGUAUCUUAAGAAAAGUUCAGACUUCAGGAAGAGCCAUGUGAGUGUUCCUGUGCACCCUCUGUCUGCCUCAACGUUGACAUUUUACUUGGUCUCAGUGUGACUGUCUGCCGUGGGGAGUUAACUCCAACACAGCGUAGUGGACUAGUCCACAGGCUGUGGUGCCCCCUGGGGUCCCCCCCGGGUGGGUGCCAGGACCGUGCCACCUAUGUGUUUCAGACCUGCCUGACACCUCUCUGGGUUAGGUUUGCCAUGGUGCAGGAAGACCCCUUCUGGGGUGGACGGAGCUCAAGCCUUGGUCUCCCAUCUGGAGCUUUGCCUCUGGCCACAGGUUCCUGUCCUUCACCUGCAGCGGAAGUGUUUCAGCAAAGAGGACUUGCUCCUGCCUCUCUGGUCCCCAGCUGGGCUCUGCCCGCCUCCUGCUCCCUGGCUUCUUCUCAGCUGUGACGGGCCUCAGAGCCUCCCAGUCGCUGAGGAGCUCCCUGGUGAGACCUGCAGCCUAGCCUCUGCCUCCGCGCCCUGCUGGGGAGAGCCAGUGUCAGGGGCCAUGUUCGUGCCAGCCGGGACCACGGCGUCCUCUCCUCUGCCAGCAUCCUCGCACCUGGGCAGUGGCCGUGACCUAUGCUGCCCGCCCUCCAGAUAAGCUGGUUCUCCUGGGCAGGACCCCAGCAUGUCAUCUUCCACCAAACCCGAGGCUCCGGAGAGCGCUCCCGACCCUGCAGAGGAGCCCAAGGGACAGGCGGCUCUAGCCUGGGGCGCUCUUCUCGGUCACCGAAGCGAGAAGAUGGCCUUCACCAGGAGCGAGGGCAGCCCGGAGGAGAGCCUGCUCACUGUCACCAUCACGGAGACCACAGUCCUCGAGGCAGGCCUGGGCGUGUGGAGCCCGCGGGCCCUCAGCUACCUGUCGCUCUGGUUCUUCCUCAGCUUCUGCACGCUGUUCCUCAACAAGUACAUCCUGUCCCUGCUGGAGGGCGAGCCCAGCAUGCUAGGUGCCGUGCAGAUGCUGUCGACCACGGUCAUCGGGUGUGUGAAGAUGUGCCUGCCCUGCUGCCUACACCAGCACAAGCCCCGGCUGGCCUACCCUCCCAACUUCAUCGUGACCAUGCUCUUUGUGGGCCUGAUGAGGUUCGCAACAGUGGUUCUGGGGCUGGUCAGCCUGAAGAACGUGGCAGUGUCCUUUGCCGAGACAGUGAAGAGCUCUGCCCCUAUUUUCACCGUGAUCAUGUCUCGGAUGAUCCUGGGGGAGUACACGGGACUGCUGGUAAACCUGUCCCUCAUCCCCGUCAUGGGAGGCCUGGCCCUGUGCACAGCCACUGAGAUGAGCUUCAACAUCCUGGGCUUCUCAGCUGCAUUGUCCACCAACAUCAUGGACUGUUUGCAGAAUGUUUUUUCAAAAAAGCUCCUCAGCGGGGACAAAUACCGUUUCUCGGCCCCGGAGCUGCAGUUCUACACCAGCGCUGCUGCCGUGGCCAUGCUGAUCCCUGCCUGGAUCUUCUUCAUGGACGUGCCCAUGAUGGGGAGGAGCGGGACAAGCUUCAGCUACAGCCAGGACAUGCUGAUCCUGCUCCUGACAGAUGGUGCCCUGUUCCACCUUCAGAGUGUCACUGCAUAUGCCCUCAUGGGGAAGAUCUCCCCGGUGACGUUCAGCGUCGCCAGCACCGUGAAGCACGCCUUGUCCAUCUGGCUCAGCAUCAUCGUCUUCGGCAACAAGAUCACCAGCCUGUCAGCCGUCGGCACCAUUCUCGUGAUGGUGGGUGUCCUGCUCUACAACAAGGCCAGGCAGCACCAGCAGGAAGUCAUGCAGAGCCUGGCCACAGCCACCAGCUGGGUCCCCGAGGACGAUACAGAACCAGUGGGUCCCCAGGACCCCAGACAGCAUGUUCACCCCUGAACAUGGGAGGCCCCUGGCUGCCUGGGCGCUGCAUGCUCCCCCUGCCGCUGCAUGGUCCCUGGAAACCAGCCAGGGCUGCCCCCUGCAUUACACAGUGGGCUGAGGGCCAGAGGCUCGUGGGACACAGACUCCACUGACAGCUGAGCACUGGAGGAGGGACCAGCCUGCACCCCCGGGCUGACCAGGCUGCAGCUGGGCCAGACCCCACCACCUCUGAAGGGACUACUGGGCCACAUGUGCCCGGGCUCCAGUGCCAACACGAGCUUCUCCCUGCCUGGUGCCAACAGAGACCUCAGCUCCCACACCAGCCACCACAGGCCCCGAAGCUGCCUGGUCCCCAGCCAUCCACAGACGCUGGCCACAGUGUCCCCUGUGGGCUACCUUCCCAGGUGCCAGACCUGAGCAGGUGGACAGGUCCCUAAGCAGAGGUCUCAGCUGCUGAGAGGGGGCUAGACUCCUCUCUCUGCUUCAGAGCUGUCCUCAUGGAGGGCCCUAUGGCUGCCAUUUGACCCCAUAGCCACAACAUCGUGUGACAGGGAUUGUCCACUGAAUUGCUCUGUGAGGGGAAAAGCCACCCAUCACAGCCUGGCACCGUGCCCCUCACCCUUCACAUCCUGGCACUGAGCCCCUCACCUCUGGGGGGUGGUUGUUCAUUCUGGAGGCUGAGGACAGAUCUCUUUGGGGGGUUAGCUCCAUUCACAUCUCAGACUCAUGUGUGUGAAUCAGGCUGUUCUGAGGUCCCUGAUCUCCUGCUGGACCGCCCUGCUGGACUCCGCGGGGGGCAGCUGAGCAGGGGAGCCCUUGCAGAGCACUUAGCACUCAGGUUAUGCUGCGUGACACUCGACUUUCCAACAAAGCUGCAGCCACAUGGCUUGUGGACCUGGUGUGUCAGGUGGCCAUGUCCAGGCACAUGGCCAUGGCUGCCCCCGAGGGACCACGAUAUGGUAGCGCCCCAGCCACUGGGCGGACUGAGUCUCAACUGGGUACUAGAGCUGCAGUCAGGCUGGCACUGGCUCUGCCCUUCGUCCUGCUGGAGUCUGACCUGGGUGCAUGCACUCUUUGGCCAGCCAGUCUGAAACCUCUCUGUGCCCUGAGCUUGGGCUUGUGCUUGUGGGCUGCAGCCACUGGCACCCACUGUUCCCGGGCUUAUCCCCUCACCACUCGUCAGGUUAGGGGCAACCAUCAUCAGCUCACUGGUUUUUCAGUUGGUUUCUCAGCUGGGGAAUAGGAAAACAGUUCCUCCCAGAAGUAAACUCCCAGAAACAAAGAGCAAUAA